AUGGCGGCACAAAAUAUACAGCCUAUGCCAGCUUUUGAACCAAGGAGUGAUCCUACAAGUACAAGUGCGAGAUGGACACGAUGGCUGGAGAGAUUCAACACAUAUUUACUCGCAGCAGAUAUUAAAGACGAUGCGAGAAAGCGAGCUUUAUUAUUGUAUCAGGCGGGGCCCGAAGUACACGAAAUUUUCAAGACUCUAGAAGAGGGUGAAACCAAAGAUUUUAAGUCAGCAGUGAAAGCGUUGACGGAGUAUUUUGAACCAGAGAAAAACGUGAUAUAUCGCACCUAUGUUUUUAGACAAGCGACGCAAGGCAAAGAGGAAUCAAUCGACGAAUUUCAUACGCGUUUACGAGGCUUGGCAAAAUAUUGCGAAUUUACAAACAUAGAUUUUGAAAUUAAGAUGCAGAUUGUAACGAACGGCACUUCUUCAAGAUUACGAAAGAAAGCACUACAAGACCCAAAAUAUAGUUUGGCAAACAUGUUAAUCGAUGGACGAAAAUACGAAACUAGUUCAGCUCAAGCCGUUGGGAUCGAAGAACAAUUCAAAACAAGGGAAAAUAUAAAUGCAACUAAUGCAAUGGCUAUGACAACGCCCACUGAGAAAAAGUGUUAUUACUGCGGUUUCAAGUAUCCACACGACAAUCAACCGUGCCCAGCGAAGUCUGCUAUUUGUAACCACUGCGGAAUAAAGGGACACUUCGCUAAAGUCUGUCGAACACGAGGAAAAUCUUUCGCAAGUAAGGGAAACCUUGAGAAAUUACAAACGCAAGGUUUUACCUCCCCAGACAAAAGGCGCCAAUCACGAUGGGAUGAGAAUAAACAACGAAAACAACAAGCAAAGGCUGUUGGAAUAUCACAAAGCGAACCAAAUACUGAAAGCUCGGAAGAAGAGGAUUAUGUUUACACAGUAUCGCAAGAAACGAGGGAGAAAACACACACGACCGUAAAAAUAAAUGGACAGGACGUUUUAUUUUUGGUUGACACUGGCGCGACUGUUGACAUCAUUGAUUCUACGACAUACGCGAAAUUAAAGAGGAAAAGUUCAUUACGUAAAAGUUCAACUAAAAUCUACGCAUAUGGAUUUCACACACCUCUGCCUCUAAACGGACAAUUUCAAGCAACACUCGAAUCGAAAAAGCGUUAUACCGUUUCGCAAAUAUAUGUAAUAGACGGUGCAGGAGGAAAUUUAUUAAGUGCUAAAACAGCCCAAGAUUUGGCCUUGGUCCAGCUAAUUAAUACAAUUUCCGGUUUUCCUGAACAAGAUAAACAAACAAAGACAAAUCAAAACAAUACACACAGCACUGCAUGCGAGACCAAUCCAGAAAUCAACACAAGUGUUCCUCAAUCAAAAGACCCCAAAAUACAAGAAAUGAUAAACAAAUAUAGUACAGUUUUCAAGGGGCAAGGAAAAUUGAACAAUCAACAAAUUAAACUUCAUAUCCGAGACGAUGUCAAACCAGUUAUGCAGCGGCAAAGACGUAUACCAUAUCAUGUGAGAAAGGAUGUUUCGAAGGAACUAAAGAAACUAGAAGAGCAAGACAUUGUCGAGAAAGUUGCCAAUCAACCAACACCAUGGAUAUCUCCAAUAGUCGUCACGCCAAAGAAAGACGGAGGUAUCAGACUAUGUGUAGACAUGAGGGAAGCAAACCAGGCAAUCGAAAGAGAGAGACACACAAUGCCAACUUUACAAGAUUUUAAAGCUGAGGUAAAUGGAGCAAAAUUCUUCUCAAAGAUUGACCUAAAGCAAGCAUAUCACCAGCUCGAAUUACACCCGGACAGUCGAUUCAUUACAACGUUUUCUACCCAUGAAGGACUGUUCCAGUAUAAAAGAUUAAAUUACGGUACGAACAGUGCAGCCGAGAUAUUCCAAAAUGUGCUACAACAAAACCUUAGCGAUAUCAGAGGAGUGAAAAACCUGGUGGAUGAUAUUAUUAUUCAUGGUAAAACCCGAAAGUCACACGAUGAAGCACUAGAGAACUGUCUAAAACGGCUAGCAGCACUAAACUUGAAAGUGAAAGGGGAAAAAUGUGAAUUUCUACAAGACGAAAUUACAUUCUUCGGAUUAAAAUUUACAGCAGCAGGAACCAAACCAGAUCCAGAGAGAAUUGAGAACAUGGUUAGAGUACCAGCUCCCAAAACUGCUGGAGAAGUUAGAAGUUUUCUGGGAAUGGCCAACACUUGCCACGAAUACAUUCCAGAUUAUGCAACUAUUACAGCACCUCUAAGAGAACUAACCAAGAAAAACAUUGCGUUUAAGUGGGAAAAUAGACAUCAGAAAGCAUUUGAGCAACUGAAAAAGAAACUAACAAGUACCCCAGUUAUGGCAUAUUUCGAUACAAAGAAACGAAGUCUAGUAAUCGUAGAUGGCUCCCCUUAUGGAAUUAGUGCAAUACUAGCACAGAAAGAACAUCACAGCCAGCAGUACAAAAUCCUUUCAUAUGCAAGCAGAGCACUCAGCCCAGUUGAGACAAGAUACUCUCAAACAGAUAUUGAAGGACUUAGCUUAGUAUGGGGAAUUGAGCAUUUUCGAAUGUUCUUGAUUGGAUCAGAAUUCGAUGUGAUAACUGAUCAUAAAGCAUUAGAAUCUAUAUUCAAUAACCCAAGAUCCAGACCACCAGCCCGCAUCGAGAGGUGGAUGAUGCGAUUACAACCAUUCAACUUCAAAGUCAUUUACCGCAAAGGAUCCUUAAACGAAGCUGACUACUUAAGUAGACAUCCAGCUGUUAUAGAGAGAGAACAAAUAACGAGUACAUCAGCAGAAGAAUAUGUGAACUAUGUAACUAACUGUUCAGUUCCAAAGUCAAUGACACUUGACGAGAUUAAAAAAGCAACCCAUAACGAUCCAGUAUUACAAAAAGUUAAGAAAUGUCUGAAAGAGGGAAAAUGGGAUGAGAACGAUCCUGAUCUUAAACCGUUUAGACUUUGCGCCGACGAACUUACGUACAAUGCAUCAGCAGGUAUACUGUUGAAGAACACACGGCUGGUCAUUCCAACAACAUUACAAGAAAGAGCAACAAAAUUAGGUCAUAUCGGGCAUCAGGGAAUUGAGAAAACGAAAAGCCUACUACGCGAAAAGAUCUGGUACCCAAAUAUGGACAAACGAGUGAAAGAAAUGGUAGACAAAUGCAUUCCUUGCCAAGCAGUAGGUCACGGUAAUAACCCGGAGCCAAUGAAAAUAACACCAACCGAAGACAAACCAUGGACUAGUGUAGCAAUCGACUUCUAUGGUCCAGUACCCCGAACUGGUCAAUACCUGCUAGUGGUUAUCGAUACCUACUCAAAAUUCCCAGAGGUAGAAAUAGUCAACUCAACCGAAGCAAAAACUUGCAUACCAAAAUUAGAUACGAUAUUUGCCAGAUAUGGAAUACCAUCAAAAAUAAAAACUGACAAUGGACCCCCAUUUAAUGGGAAAGAAUUUGAAACAUACACUAAAACCCUUGGUAUUGAAUGGAAAACAAUUACACCACUAUGGCCCCAGGGUAAUGCCGUCGUAGAAAGAUUUAUGAAACCAAUUGGAAAACUCUUGAAAACAGCUGAUAUUGAAGGAAAGAAUUGGAAGCAAGAACUGCAAGGGUUUCUACUUCAAUACCGUUCAAUUCCUCAUCAAACUACUAAAGUCGCUCCGUGUGAACUACUUUUUAACAGACAAAUUCGGGGAUAUUUACCAGAACUCACAAGAAAAAAAGUAGUUAAUAGACACAAGAGGGCGAAGCAGAACUUGGAGCAGAAGAAAGAAGAGAACAAAGAGUACUACGACCGAAACAAAAGAACAAAGGAAGCUGGGAUAAAAAAGGGUGACAUCGUCAUUUGUAAACAGAAGAAGAACAAUAAGUUAACAUCAAAGUUUGACCCAGAACAUUAUACGGUAGUACAACGUAAGUACAACACCAUCAUAGCUGAAAGAGAUGGUAAGACGGUGACAAGAAACGUUUCACACUUUAAGAAGGUAGUAAUGGAGGAAAGCGAGGAGGAGCAGGAAGAUACAGCACCGGGAAGAUCGACGGAAACAGAGGAACCACCAAAGCACAAACCAAGUGUAAGGAGAUCAACAAGAAUGAAAAGACCGGUAAUACGAUAUCAGUACCAGACUUGA